AUGCAACAAUGGAUACACAUUGAUGAAAAGUGGUUUUUUAUAAACCCAGAAACAAGGACAUUCUACCUCCUCCCAGCUGAAGACAAUCCAUACAAAGCCCAACAGUCCAAAAGGUUCAAGAUAAAGGUUAUGUUUAUGGGCAUGAUUGGGAAACCAUUAUAUGAUGCAAACAAACAAUUAUUACAUGAUGGGAAGUAUGGUCUUUUCCCUUUUGUGAAGUAUGAGGAAGCAAAGAAAAAGAGUAAAAACAGAGACAAGGGAACCAUUGAGGCUAAGGCAAUCCAGAGUAUUAACAAGGAAGCAAUAAGGGACAUGCUACUUAAUUAUGUGUUGCCAAAAAUACAUGAACAAUGGCCACCCCAACUUCCCAAAAACAUAACUAUUCAAUGGGAUAAUGCUAGGCCUCACCAAAUACCACAAGAUGCAGAAUUUCAAGAAGCAUGUCAAGCAUAUGGAUUCAACAUACAAUUUGUUUUUCAACAAGCACAAUCACUAGACAUGAAUGUUCUAGACUUAGGACUUUUCAAUGUCAUUCAAUCACUGCAAUAUCAGUCAUUUCCUCAAACUUUAGAUGAUCUAAUCAAAGAAGUUGAAAUAGCAUUCAAAGGAUUUGAUCUAGAGUUGAACAAAUACAGUUGGAUUACACUUCAGUCAUGCAUGGUUGAGGUCUUAAGAAGAAAAGGAGGAAACAACUACACAAUACCACACAUGAAAAAAAAGAAGUCUAGACAGGCAAGGUGUUCUACUAGAAUUGCUUCAAGUAGACAAGGAAUUAAUUGCAGAGGUUGUUUCCUAUCUUGA